CCCUUUUUUAAAUACACAAAGGAUAAGAAGGAAGAGAACGAAAGAAAGGAAAACUUUUGGUGUGUUUGCUUACUGGUAAGAGAUUUGUCAAACUUUCUUUGUUUGUGAAAUGGGGGAUUUGGAAAAGCAAGUAGAGGUGAAUCGAAGGAAGGAGGAAGAUGAAGAGGAGAAGCUGUUAAUGGAAGGAAUGAGUGUUUUGGAUUUUGAUAUGUUAUGUUCUACUGUGGCUAUGCAAACACAAGGCAAAUAUUGGGUCAAACUUGAAAGCAAAGAAGAAGAGGAAGAAGGUGAUUUGCGUCAUUAUAAUAAUGGAGUUGGAGGUGGCGGUGGUGGUUUCAGGAUGUGGGAAGGUGAAGUUCUUGAUUGCUUUGAUGACCGCCGCAUUGCCAUUGAAUCUCUUUGCUGUCCAUGCUAUAGAUUUGGAAAAAACAUGAGACGAACUGGUUUUGGUUCUUGUUUUCUUCAGGGAGUCGUAUAUUACGCUUUUGCUUUCAGUGCCCUUCUCAGCUUUGUUGCCUUUAUUGUGACGAAGCAUCUCUACUUUCUGUAUUUUUCAGUUGCAAUUACCUUCUUUAUAGGAAUGUAUUUGGGUUUCUUCCGCACACAGAUGAAAAAGAAAUUUAACAUCAGGGGUAGUGAUAGUUCUUUGGAUGAUUGUGUCUACCAUCUGAUCUGCUCCUGCUGUUCAUUAUCCCAGGAAUCCAGGACAUUGGAGAUGAACAAUGUCCAAGAUGGUAUCUGGCAUGGUCGGGGUGAUACUAUAUGUGUAGGUAGUUAUAGUGAAGGAAAUAAAGUGUUCCUGGAAUUGCACCCGCCUUCUGCUGUUGCAGCAAAGUCCCCUGACAUUUGCAGCAUGCAAAAAAGUACUGAUCUCAGUGACCAAUCUUCAACUUGAGGUGUUUGGGCAUCUAUGACCUUGAUCUCUGCAUCAACAUAUUAUCAGCUUCCGCUUGUUUGUUUCCCUGAAGAAAGGGUUGAUACACAGGCUGUAUCACCAAUCUUGUUUAUGAGAAGCCAUCAGAGGGCAGCGUGGAGCAUUUGCUGCCUAUCCUAAGAACGCUGCCCUUUCAAAUCAAGGAAGAUGGCCUGCUUUAGAGUAUCCGAUAAAGAAGAUGUUUCCAGUCCAUGCGGACAACUCAGACUUGCAUUUAACAAGAGUUUGGUUAUCGGUUAGACCCUUGUUCUUAAUGUGCUUUGCUUAGCUGUGAAAAUUGUAAAUAUUGUAGUUACGUUUAUUCUGUGAAGCAACACUAUUUAUUUCA